AUUAACCGUACAAAUCAAUCGAUGAGGUUGAUAUGGAUCGAAUGACUUGCAUUGACGUUCUGCGAUAGCAUUCCCAAUACAAGCUGAUUACCGAUUGUGUAUAUGGUCGGGGUUGGAUUCAGUGCUACUUCUGGCCUAGCGGUCGAUGGUUAGAUGAUUCACAGAUUCUACCUAAAUAUAAAUUCAGUUCUUCUGUUGACUCGUCAAGUGUUGAAUCGUGAUCAGUGGAGCAGAGGCACAAGGUUGACUGAACCCUACUGGUUUAAUUGAUUCUCUCAGUCGUGCUAACGCGGUGAACCUGUUUGGACCAAAAACAUUAGACAGCUUCGCGAAGUACACCUUCUUAAAAUGGACUUGACUCAAUACGAUACCCGGAAGAAAAUUGGAAGCCAGGAAGUCUCGUUCAUGACACGAGACAAUUAGCUGACAGUGAACAACAGCCACACCAGGAUUGCAUUGUGAAAACAGUUCAAAGGUAACCAGCAUGCGUAUUCAAAUACCAAUUCAAGUGAGAAAAUAAACAAAAGGAUUCACUGCGAUCUAUUUCCUAUUAUUGCUGUCGCCUAGCAGGUACGCCCCCCGAUGCGUGACUACACGUAAUCGAUCUGUAACAGGGAAGUAACAUUCGGCGAUUAAGACAGACAGCAGCGAGGAGAGGGUAAAGGUGGACCAUGCAGUGGAUUCUCUAGCACUGUUAUAUUUGUACGUGUAUUGGGGAGUUGCUGUUGAUGUCGUCAUGGAUACCUUCAUCUUCCACGUGGUUACAGCGUUCAUGAUGGUGAUGGUGAUGGAUCUACGUGAUUUGAAAUCAAUGGUUACAGGCACCAAACUUACAGAGACCAUCCUCAACUACCAACCUCUGCACUACGACCACCACCAUCUCCACCAACAACAUCAUCGUUCCAAAAGAGCAGCUCAGCCAGAUGUCAAUCUUCAUUUUGCAGCUUUUGGGAGAGAUUUCAACAUAACACUGCGACGAGACACUGAUCUCUUCAGUCAGCACAUACAGAUUGAGACGACGAGCGGUCACGUGCCUUACGAUAUCAGCCGAGCAUAUAACGGAAAUCUCCGAGAGGAUUAUGUUGGAUAUGGCUUCAAACCAACAGUUAAUGGCCUUAUUACCACCACGGGGCAUUUUCAAGGAACUAUUGACACGGGGGAAGAAUUUUAUGUUGUUGAGAAAGCUAAGAAAUAUUUCAAAGAACCUCAGGAUUUCCAUUCUGUGAUAUACAGAAGGUCCGAUGUGAAGUUCGACGUGGACAGUGCUUUCUGUGGAGCCGAGAAGCACAGGGAACGUUUGUUUACAAUUCAGCAGAGUGCGACGAGGAAGUCCAACGAAGGCCACAACGAAGAUAAAGGAAAGACGACGUACGAUUGGUCGAAAGAUAACGACACGCAUUCUGAUUGGUCGGAAAAAUAUUUACAUUAUGAUCAUAAAAGACAGAAGCGAGAUAUAGUUCCGACUAAAACCACGUGCGAACUGUACAUGCAGGCUGAUCACGUGAUAUUUCAACAACACGGAAGUGACGUCGACAGUCUUAUCGAAGAACUCUCACAGAGUGUACAAACAGUUAAUGCCAUAUAUGGUGCUAUAGAUUUUGACGGCGACAGCAGUGCCGACAACAUCAACUUCAUCAUCAAGAAGAUUAAGGUGCACACCAACACCAGCGACCCGACGUACAGACUGAACGGCAACUACGGCGUGGAGAAGUUCCUGGAACUCCACUCGCAGGAGAAUUACGACAGCUUCUGUCUGUCCUACAUGUUCACCCACAGAGACUUCGACGGCGGGGUGCUGGGGCUGGCGUGGACAGCCGGGGAGGGCCAGUCGGGUGGCGUGUGUGAGAAAUAUACGGCGUUUUCUCAAGGGAGGCUCAGCCUGAACAGCGGCAUAGUGACGACACUCAACUACGGCAAGACGGUGUCCACGUUGGUCAGUCAGUUGACCUUCGCCCACGAGAUCGGCCACAACUUUGGCUCUCCGCACGACACUGAAGGAACGUCAUGCGCUCCUGGCAGCACGUCCGGGAACUACAUCAUGUACGCGAGAGCUACAUCCGGGCUUCAACCUAAUAACAACGCCUUCUCAACGUGUAGCAUUGCUAAAAUGGCGCCAAUAUUGGCGUCAAAGGCCAGAUCAGCAUCGGGCUGUUUUGUUGAGCCGAUGGGUUCCAUCUGCGGCAACAAGGUGGUGGAGGGGGCCGAGGAGUGCGACUGUGGAUGGGAGGAGGAUUGUACUGAGGGGUGCUGCAACCCACAGACAUCAGCUGCAGGGGCACCUACACCCUGCACCAAGACAGCCACGUCAGUCUGCAGCCCAAGCUCAGGUCCGUGUUGUGACUCCAGCUGCCAGUACGUCACUGCCGCCGCCAACCACGUCUGUCGUUCCAGUACCUCCUGUCUCGCGGAAGCGUCCUGCGAUGGGACGUCCGCCAACUGUCCUACGUCAACAUGGGUUGCCAACAAGACCCCCUGCGGUGAAAACCAAGUUUGUGUCAACGGUACAUGUUCUGGGUCUGUGUGCCUGGCGUUCGACUACCCGCCAUGUCAAUGUACGUCGACUACAGCAGGCAACUGGAAGGAUGAGAGGCUGUGUCAGAUCUGCUGCGAGGAUGGCGGACAAUGCAAACCGUCGUAUGAAAUUAGCGGCGUCCCCAAUGGCAGCACCGUCCCCGGCAGCCCCUGUAACGACUUCCAGGGCUACUGCGACGUGUUCUACAGGUGCAGAGAGGUGGAUCCGACUGGAACGUUCAGUACUAUAAAGAAGCUGUUGUCAUCAGAGAAUCUCCAGAGUCUGAAGGAAUGGCUGAUCGCGCACUGGUAUGUGCCGGUGCUAGCAGGACUGGGAUUCAUCGUGCUCAUGGUGAUAUUUGUCAAGGUGUGCGGCAAGAAAGUACCGAGUGACAAGGAACUCUACGAGAGAAGGCAGCGUCGCUAUGGAAACAAUGCCAUGCAACUGAGUCCAAGACAUAAAACAAACAGCGUUGCGCCAACCGGCUACAUGUGAUCCUUUUGGGUCGUCAAAAUAUCUCCACACAAAAUGAAACACUGAGUAUUGUAAAUAUGCGACAUACCAGGACGUUGUAUAUAGAAUGUGUAUGUAUUUGUAGUGUGUCUACCGACAGGUACGAGGAUUAGUGUUAGUUGUAAAACCAGACUGCAUUAUCCAAAACAUUUAAGAUAAUUUGUCCAAAUGACUCAAAACACUUUGUUUUGAAAAAUGACACAAUGGAACGAGGCGUUUUAUCUUCACUUACAGUAAACUACGCUUAUAACGAACACGCUUAUAACGAAAUGACGGAUAUAACGAACUGUUUUUUGGCCCGUCCAUUUGCUACAAUUAUGCUGUAUAUGUGCUUAUAACAAACUACGGUUAUGACGAACUAAAUUAAGUGAUCCCUUUAAGUUCGUUUUAACCGUAGUUUACUGUGUAGUUACAUCAGACUUAGAAAGAAUUACUUUCAAUUUAUUUUGCCCCUUUUUUGUGUACCUGCUAUCCGAGAAAACACAAUUAAAAAAACAAAGCUCACAGAACACAUUCCUGCAACAAUUGGUAUAUCUACACAUUCAUAUUCAAGCAUCCGAUAAUGUCAUCAUAUGCCAUGAAAGUGAUGGUGAUGUUUCGACUUUUUACUGAGAUUUAACGAUGAAUGUAUGUCCAGGUUGGACACAUUACGAAUAUCUGCUUACAUUGGCACUUUUUGUGAAUCUGAGAAUCACCCUGAUUAUGUUUACGGUUUGUCAGUACCAUACCCUUGCUCUUUAUUUGCGAGUUUAGGUAAACAUCUAAGACCUGCAUUACUUCGGGUUUUCCUCCCACAUCAAGCCCCACCGUAAUAUUACUGAGUACUGUCGGAUGCCCUUUCUAGGACCCGUGUCUCUUUGUCUUUGUUUGUGUGUUUGAUGAAUUCUGAGAAGAAUAUUUGCAUGUGCAUUUUUAUAAUACAUUUCGUAUGUAUUUAUAUUGAUAUAUAUUAAUCAGAUGAUUUCCAUAUGGAAUGAUAUGUGUACAACGUUUUACUUGUAUGAUUCUCUAUAUUUUUUAUAAAAUGUCGACAGCUCAAUAUUAAUCUGUGAUCAUCUGUAUAUUAUACACGUGCCUUGUGGCUGUACCGCUCAAUCUCAAUACAGGAGCGGGCGGGGUGAUGUACAUAAUUAGGUGUGAAUAAAUUGUUACCACUUUUA